AUGGCCGGGGCGCUGUCCGAGAACGCCCCGAGACCGGUGAGCGUCGUCACCGUUGACGGAGGCACCCCGCAGACCGUCGAGCCGCCACCAGAGACCACGAUCCAGGAAAACUCCAACGCUAAUGGAGUCAGAUGCUUCGCCUCGACUGAGGCGCAGACAGACAUGGGAUUAACUUCUCGGGUCGAGGGGAUUAAUCCGGGGUGCGAUGAUCUCAGAGACGCCAGGAGAAGGGAGAGACGGGUGAGAAGACACCACCGCAGGGCCAUGAGGAGCUGCUCCAUGCCUCCGACAUAUCCCGGGGGACCUGGAUGUGUUCAAGCUAAUGCAGGUGUUGGAACUGCGCCAGGAAUGCCGCUAGUGCCGCCCGUGGGUGGGUAUCUACACCCCCCGCCGCCACACCUGGGUCUGAGGGGGCUCAGCUUGGGUCUGCCGUUUCCGGUGCCGGCCAGUGUGUCCGCCUUUGGCAGAGACGCAGUGCCGAAGCAGUGUUGCGGACUCGGCUCGCCUCCCGUUCGCUGGUCCAUUCUCGGCGUGGGCAUUGUGGGUCUUGUUUGUGCAGCUGCGGGGGCUCUACUUGGCGCCCUCAGGGCAACCGGUCGCGACCACAUCGCCGUAUCACUUCUCAUGAUUGGUAUAGGAGUGGUCUUGCUGACGGUGAGCGGAGUCGCCUGGCGAGUGACCAGCCGAGAAAAUUGCGGCAGCUUCUUCGGUUUCACGGGCAUCUCCGCGAGGAUUCCACCGGCGAGGCCGAUGCAUCCAUACGCGGCCAUGAUCUAUCCGGAAUUCCAGUUCAGAACACCACCGCCGAGUUACCAGGCCAGUAUGCAGGAGUACAGACUGCGAUUGCUGCUGCUGGACAGACUUCAACCUACCUCCUCACCACCUCCGACCUACAGAUCUAACGCCGCGAGCAUAAUCGCGCCUUGUACAACUCGGGAGAGCCGACCUCCGAGUUACUGCGGCCGCGGAAACGUCACGCCAAAUGCGACCCUGGCACCCUCGACUAAAAAGGACGCGAACCUCGUGAGGAUCGUCCAAACGGAGUCUGAACCGUUGAGUGUAAUCGUUUGA